CAGUACGGCGGUUGCUGUCAUUCGGCGGUCAGAGCGAGAAGAUGGAUUUGGGGGAGGCUCACGCCCAGCGACCAGUCACCUUGGAUAUCACAGUAGAGGAUGUCAACACUGAUGCCUCAGCCUCGGACGUUCCUGAGUCAACCGCCACCACCCAGACCCCUUCCAGAGAAAACAUCCUGGCCCAGGAGGACAGCAUCGACCUAGGCGGGGAAUUUGCCACUCCCCAUGAGGACAGUAGCGCCACGCCCUCAGAGAGCCUGCUAGACAAGCUCAACGAUCAGAUGAUGGAGAGUGUUAUGAUCUCAGACUCACCCAAUAACAGUGAAGAAGAUGAUGUCGUCCCUAUGGAGUCCUUUCUGGAAGCAGGGGAAGAGGAGAGUACUGGAGAGGUUCUGGAAAGCAAAGAGGAGCAAAUUGGACAGAAUACAAGUGAGAUUAAAGUUUCAGUGAUGGACGAAGAAGACGAAGCUUCAGAGGAGAAAUCAGAGGAUGCAAAAGAACAGACAGACACAGAAGAGCAAGUCACAGCUUGUAUUUCACCUCAAGGUGAUGCUGAGAGCCUGACUGAAAGUAAAGGUCAGGAAGCAGGCCUGCAGUCAGCCAAAGAGAUUAGCCCCAAAGAGGAGCCCGUGCCAGUGUGCACCAUAUUCAGCCAGGGCUCCCAGCCCAAGUCUCUGGUGCCCGAUGGCUUCCAGCCCACCCUCAUCAAGUCUCCCAGCUUCAGUAUGGGGAGCGCCGGGGUGAGCGACGAGGCCGUGACCCCCAGCAAGAUGACAGUGCCCCUUGUAUGUCAACCCAGCCCCAGCCUCAGCAAGUUCUUCACUGACAAUGGACAGGCCAACCCAGCCUCCGACUUCUUUGAUUCCUUCACUGCUCCCUCGUCCUUCAUCUCCGUUUCCAACCCCAAUGCAGAAAUCCCUCCUGGCAGCAGCCCCAUGCCCCUGAGCCCCACGCCCGAUCGCCAGCGCUCCUCCACCUCCUCCUCCAUGUCUACCCCGGGAGGGCCCCUGGACUCCAGCAUGCCCACCCCCAGCUCGGUGUUCACCCCCGCUCCAGCCGAGUCAGCCCCCAAGUCCCACCCCCCCACGCCCCAAACGGUCUCAGCUCCAAGUCAAACCCCCGCCUCGGCUCCAUCAGCACAGCCGCAGCCCUUCAACCAGCUCCAGGCCGUGUUUUCCGGCAGUGACGAUCCCUUUGCAACGGCGCUGAGCCUGAGCGAGGUGGACAGGCGCCAUGAUGCCUGGCUACCCUGCGAAGAGACCAGGAAGGUGUUAAUAUCCGUGGCCACCCAGCAGUACAGCCCAGCCUUUGUUGAGAGCAGCAGACUCACCAUGCCUGGGCUCAAAUUUGACAACCUGCAGGGCGACGCCGUGAAAGACCUCAUGGUUCGAUUCCUGGGCGAGCAAGCGGCCACGAAGCGUCAGGUCCUCACCGCCAACUCAGUGGAGCAGUCCUUCACCGGCCUCAAACAGCUGAUCAGCAGUAAGAACUGGCGGGCUGCGGUGGACCUGACGGGCCGGCUGCUGACGGCUCACGGACAGGGAUACGGGAAGGCCGGCCAGCCCAGCUCCCACACCACCGACUCCUUGCAGCUCUGGUUCGUGCGGCUCGCUCUGCUCACCAAGCUGAACCUCUUCCAAAACGCCGAGCUGGAGUUGGAGCCUUUUGGCAACCUGGACCAACCGGACCUGUACUAUGAGUACUACCCCACAGUUUAUCCUGGGCGGAGAGGCUCCAUGGUGCCGUUCUCCAUGCGGCUGCUGCACGCCGAGCUCCCUCAGUACCUGGCCAAGCCCCAGGAGGCGCUGGACCGCCUGCACAUCCUCAAAACCGUCUGCCUCACCAUUCUGGAGAACUUGGAGAAAGGCUUGGCUGAAGACGGCAGUAUGAUUACUGUAACGCAAGAGAACAGGCAAGCGUCUUUAAAGCUGUGGAGGUCUCGUCUCAGCCGGGUCAUGUACUCCAUGGCCAACUGCCUGCUGCUGAUGAAGGACUACGUCCUGGCCGUGGAGACCUAUCACUCCAUCAUCCAGUACGAGCCCCAGCAGAGAGUGCAGCUGCUCAGCGGAAUCGGACGGAUCUUCUUGCAGAUCGGAGACGUGAAAACGGCGGAGAGGUACUUCCAGGAUGUGGAGAGCGCCUGCCAGAUGAAAGGGAGCCAGCUCGGUCACACCACGUGCGUGCUAAUGAACAGGGCCUUCGUCUACCUCAGUCAGAACAACUACGGCGACGCGCACACAUCCUUCACUGAAGUGCUGAAAAUCGACCCGAAGAACCCCGUGGCCAACAACAACGCCGCCGUGUGCUUGCUCUACCUGGGGCGCCUGAAGGAGUCCCUGGGCCAGCUGGAGGGCCUGGUGCAGCAGGACCCCACGCUGUACCUCCACGAAAGCGUCCUCUUCAACCUGACCACCAUGUACGAGCUGGAGUCGUCCCGCAGCACCCAGAAGAAGCAGGCGCUGCUGGAGGCCGUGGCGUGCCGGGAGGGCGACAGCUUCAACACGCAGUGCCUCAAACUGGUCUGAGACGCCGGGGGGAGGAGGAGGAGAGGGGGGAGGUUACUGCUGCAGCACAGGGAAAAACAACUCACUAUCUGUGAAGGUUAAUGUUUAGUUGUCAGAGUGCAGGUUCACACGUCACGCUUGUUCUUCUGAAGAGGGAUCUCCACUUUCACUAAUAGGAACUGAAGCAGCUCACACACACACACACACUUAAAUAGUUUUGUAUUUAUUACAAAAAAAUUGCCUCGAUUCAAACAUCAUUAUUUCAGGUUGUCUUAACCGCUCAGAGGCUUAGCUUAUCUUAGCAUGACUGCUGGAAACAUGACGUCUUAUUUCAUUCCACCAAAAACCAAAGUGUGUGGAGCUCCAGGUUUACCGGGGUCACGCGCCAAGCUGUUUCCUGACCGGGGCCUUUGGCUGUUGCUUAGCAACAAGCAAGGAAUCCUGGGAGUCGCUGAGCAGAGGCGAGAAAUGAAGGGCCGGGGGACCUCCAUGACCCGCGGAGCAAAGGUCGCGCGAUCCAGCAAGGCUGCCGCUGGAGAGCUAAUCACCUCCAGCGUCCUCAUCCUGCAGCAAACCGCUCGGUUUGCUGGGAGCAGCUCCUCUCUUCUGGAUCCUUCACUUUCUGUGCUCCGUGGCGUCUUUCCUCUUCGUUCUGUGACACCUGCAAAACUACCCGACAGAAACUAAUCUGAAUGGAUAACUUGCUUCUCCAGCGCAUUAAAAAAUCUUUACUGCAUCCAUCCACCACGAGGUGAACAUGGCAUUUGGACUCCCCACAGAUUCCUCCUAGAUUCUAACAAAAUACUGUUUCCACUUUUUUCAGAUGAAAAUAGUAGAAACAAAUAAAUUAUUGGUAAUAGGCUUAUUUGCCUAAAAAAAGAUCAGAAACAGUUAGAAUUGCAUUUUUUUAAUAAAGUGAAUUAUGCAACAGCAAAGAAAAUCAGAAAAUCCAGAAAUUAAAGGAAAAAAAUCUUGUUUCUUCUAAUUAAAUUUUAAUGUAUUUAUUAAAGGGAACAUGAAAUCCAUGGACAUAUGCAUUAGUAAAUAAAGAAUAAAUGGUUAAAAUUAGCUGGUUAAUUUGCUGUCAUAUAUCUGAUUUGGGAAAAUAUCACAACAUUUAACAAUGUUCCGCACGAUUAGAUCAGUAGGUUUCUUUUGGGCACAAAAGCUGAAAAUAGCUGUUAUUGUUCUGAAAGGUUUGGUUUUUUUUUUCCUGGACAUCUUUAUUACAGAAAUUGGUUUUACUUGCAAAUGAACCUACAAAAGUUUAAAACCUAAAAGACUGAUUGUUAGAGGCCAGCCGUUGCCUCUUGUUUUCAGUAUUUGUGCUAACCUAAGCUAAGCGCGUGUCGAUUUUAGCUUUGUGUUCAGGGACGAGAACGACCUGUGAUCUCCAGAGGAAUCCAGCCGGCUCCCAGCCUGAGCCGAGACGUGGGCAUUAUCCUCAGCGUCAGUGUGCUGACAGACUAACUCACAUCCAGCGAGGCACAUUCUAAAGCAGAUAAUACUUCAUUAACAGUCCAAGACCACUUCAGUCCACAGGGUUUCUGACCUGUGCAUUGAAAAAAUGAAUAAUGAGCCCCUCAGAUUGCAUCGUCUUCAGUUCACUAAAAACUGUAAAAUAUUAGUAAUCCAGAAUUGUACAUAUCAUUGAUUUGUUUUUCUUUGAUUAAAAUGGAACAAUAGUCUUUUAUUGAUUUGUCUUCUGUUUACAUUUUUUGCUGAUCAUAUUUAUGUAUAUUCAAAGAAAUUGUGUUAUAUCCCAAAUAAAACUGUUCUUCUAAAUCAGCCUGUGUGA